AGUACAGCAGUAUUUACUGCUACCACGCUUCCCUCAUCCCCAGGCCGCUUCUUCGCACAUUUGCCGUACUAAAUGACAACUAACGCGUAAUGCGCGCUGCUAGUGCAUCAGCCGAAGCGCCAUUCGCAAGUCGACGCUCCGAACCACCACUUGCCCUAAUAAAGUGGCAGAUUCUGUGUUUAGACGCGACCGUCCAGACAUCAGCACGAGUCGCAUCAGCCCGAAGGAGCUAGACCCUCAAACCAGUCAUCCCACGCUUACCCGCUUCCCACCUCCCUCAGACAAACCUUGCCCACUUUAAGACCGUUAGCUUUCUCCGGUAAUGUGUGUAUCCUCGAGUACCUACCCGUGUAGAUAACUUCCUUGGUUCGAGCCGCUUCUCCAUAGUUCCAUAGCCGCAUAGCCAAGCAAGCAUCUUCCAGUCCGCAAUCGCACGUCUCGCACGUCUCGCAUUAGCAGCGGCGGUACGGACCAACCGACUGACACGAGGAAGUCAACACCCCGCACCUCCCCCGCUCCUCUCGGCGAAGGGUCGCACAAAUGGCGCCCUCCUCGCACCUCGCACGGCCGUCGCCCGCGUCGCUAUCGUCGCUAUCGUCGCUCGUGCUGCUGCUGCUGCUCUCUCUCGUCGCCGCGUGCCUCGCCAGCCAAGGCGAUUCUGAUCCAAUCUACAUAGUUCGCCUUAAAGACCCGCCUGUCGCCGCAUACACCGGCGGAAUCGGCGGCUACCCCGCAACCGCGCCUGCCGCCACCGCCAAAACCGCCGCCGGCGCGCUGAACAAGCUGGGGAAAGCGGCGCGGAACGCGGCGAAGCAGCUUUGGAAGAAGCGGCCGAGGCUGAACGUGCGCGGCGCGAACGUUAAAACGUUCGUCAAGUUCUUAAAGCAGCAGCAGAAGAAGGUUGCGCAGGACGUGGGUGUGGCUGCCCAGAAGCUCAUCCACAGCUACACGCACGUUGAGAACGGCUUCGCAGCCACCUUAUCCCCGAAGCAAGUGCGCAAGCUGCAGUCGCACCCGGACGUCGCGGCGGUCACGCAGAGCGUGCGCGUGUCCUUCUCCACCACGCACUCCCCGCAGUUCCUGCGCCUGCCGCAGUCGCUCUGGGAGUCCGCGGGCGGGGAGAUGGCGGCGGGGGAGGACGUGGUGAUCGGCGUGAUCGACUCGGGGAUAUGGCCGGAGCACGCGUCCUUCUCUAACACGGACGUGAGUGAGUUCGGCGACCCCCCCGCGUCGUUCACAGGGGAGUGCGAGACAACAGCGGACUUCUUCGCGUGCAACGGCAAGGUGGUGGGCGCAAGGUUCUUCAACGCGGCGUUCAGCAAGGAGAACCGCGGGAAGAUCGACUUCAGCUCCGACUACAACUCGCCGCGCGACUCCGACGGCCAUGGCACGUGGUGUGCUGGCGCUGCAGCGGGCAACACCGGGGUGGGCAUCGGCGACGUGAUGGCGAGUGGCAUGGCCCCGCGCGCGCGCCUGGCGAUCUACAAGGUGUUUUGGAAGCACGGCGGGGACAUGUGGGCUAAUAACGCGGACGUGAACGCGGCCGUGAAUGCAGCAGUGGCGGACGGAGUGGACGUGCUGAGCCUGUCGUUCGGGGGCGUGGAUCCCAGAGCCACCUACUUUGAUGACAUUCCCUUCCUCAACGCCCAUGCUGCGGGGGUGGUGGUGUCAUUCGCAGCGGGCAAUGCGGGCGGUGUGCAUCCAGCCAAGGGGGAGUACCGCCUCAUAGACAACUUCGCUCCGUGGUACCUCUCCGUGGGAGCCAGCACCAUAAGCCGCUACACGGACAUGUCUUCUGGCAGCGACUCCCCCAGUGGAGCAAGCCCUCCGCAGGAUGGCACCAGUGAAGAGCCCGUGGAUGCUGCUGCAGGCGGCGAUUCUGCUGCUGCUGCUGCUGCUGCUGCUACUGGUGGUGGUGGUGCGGGUGUGACGAGCAAGUCUGUUGGGACUGACGCGGCUGUCACUCUCUCGUCCAAGGAGCUGAAAGGGUUCACCUUUCUCGAGUCCCCCGAUGAUCCCGACGAAGCGCCUAUCCUCGCGCCCUUCUCCUCCACCGGCCCUCUUGCCGCGCCCGCCGCAGUCCCCGCAGCCGGCAGACCCAAUAACGACAUCCUUAAACCCGACAUCAUCGCUCCGGGCGUCGCGCUCUGGGCGGCGGCUCCUAGUCCCACGCUCACCGACUACGACAGCUAUUUUAGGAGGCUCUCCGGGACGUCCAUGGCUACGCCGCAUAUUGCGGGAAUCGCGGCGCUGAUCAUUCAGCAGAAGCCCACGUGGACUCCGGCGCAGGUCAUGUCAGCGAUAACGACGACGGCGAGCGUGCGAAACAACAGGGGGACGCCUAUCCGGACGCAGCAGAAAGGGCAGGCGUCGCCAGCAGGCGACCGCGUCGCGACGCCGUGGGAGAUGGGGUCUGGGCAUGUAAACCCUCUCAGUGUUCUCGACCCUGGGUUGACGUACGACGCGAAUGCGACGGAGUAUAAAAAUUUCCUCGCGGGUUUGAACUUCAAUCAGGCGAAGAAGGAGUUCCGUUCGAUCGCCGUGAAGCCCAUUCGCGCGUGCAAUCUCAACCGUGCGUCGAUAAGUGUGUCGAAACUGCAGCGAUCGGUGACGGUGACGCGACGGGUUACCAAUGCCGCCAGCGAGGCUUCAACGUACGAAUCCUCAGUGGAGUUUCCCCCUGGUGUGAAUGUGGUGGUGAACCCUCCAAGUUUCACCAUCCAGCCUGACCAAACGGUAACCUACACGGUUACAUUUACUGUUCAGAAAAAGAAUCCAAACUUUGUGUUCGGAAGUCUGACAUGGGCCGAUGACAAGGGCCAUGUGGUGAGGUCUCCAAUUGCUGUUCAGCCCAUCAAGUGAGGACUGUAACAAAAUGUAAUAAUGAUUAGGGUGAGAGAGUACAAGGGUAUAUACCAGGGCCAGGCCCCCAAAUUGGUUUUGGGGGACGCUGAUCGCUCAGUGUCCCCUGCCAUUCCUUGGGUUGGUCAUCAGCGUCGCCCCCUGAAAAAAGGCUGAAAAAUCAG